AUGAAACUAAUAAAAUUGUUAAGAUUACAAGAUCUCAAUAUAAUCUGGUUUGCUCAUAUUCAAUUUGGUCACAGCCCAGGAAUCUUCCCAGUUCAUCAUCUGUUCUUCCAAAAGGGAUUUUUCAAGAAAUUACGACUUCUCUUCAUUAUGGGAUUCUUGGCAUCAGUUUCUAAAGCAUUCAGUCCACCACCUCCGAAAAUAUGUGGAUCUCCAGAUGGUCCUCCAAUCACAUCACCCAGGAUAAAGCUUCAUGAUGGAAGACAUUUAUCCUAUACGGAACAUGGUGUUUCAAAAGAUUCAGCGAAAUAUAAGAUAAUAUUCAUUCAUGGUUAUAACAGUUGCAAAGAAUAUAAUCCAUUAGCCAUUACAACCUCUUUGGAUCUUAUCGAAAGUUUAAGGGUGUAUAUUGUUUCAUUCGACCGACCUGGUUAUGGAGAGAGUGAUCCAAACCCAAAUCGAACUCUAAAAAGUUUUGCUUCUGAUGUAGAGGAGCUUGCUGAUCAGCUUGAACUUGGAUCAAAAUUCUAUUUAGUUGGAUUCUCAAUGGGUGGACAAUUGGUUUGGUCUUGUCUCAAGUACAUCCCUCAAAGAGUACAAAUCCCCAGGAAGUUCUCAUGA